AUGAGGGUCAGAACCAUUUUGUUAGUGCGGUUCUUAUUGCCAUGCCUUCUUUCUGUUCUACUUUCAAGUGCUCAGCUUCCACCUAAUGCUGUUGUCUCGGCUCGUUUGUUAGAUUCCCAUAUUCAAGAGUUGGCCUUUAAGGCACUUUUCAGCCCAAGAACUGGGGUACCUUACGAUGCUCAAGUGCCCACCAACCUAACAGGGAUAAAAGUUUCGGCAAUGAGGCUUAGGAGUGGUAGUUUGAGGACAAGAGGUGUUCAUAGCUACGAAGAAUUUGAGAUCCCAAUUGGGGUUAUUGUUGAGCAGCCUCAUGUGGAGAGACUUGUUUUGGUGUACCAAAACUUGGGUAAUUGGUCUAAUAAAUUUUACCCUUUACCUGGUUAUUCAUAUUUAGCUCCUGUUUUGGGCCUCUUGGCCUACAACGGCGCCAAUUUGUCUGCUUCAGAAUUACCUGAAUUGGAUAUAAGAGCUUCUUAUUAUAAGCCUGUUUUGAUUAAUUUCCCUGAUGUGAAACCAGCACCCUUUGGUUCAUUUCCCAAGUGUGCGUAUUUUGAUUUGCAUGGUUCAGUGCAAUUUGAUAUUCUAUUACCAGGAAAUAUGUGUUCAACAGUUCAACAAGGGCACUUCUCCAUAGUUGUGGAAUCAAAUGCCCCAUCACCGACAUCUAGUGGGGUAGAUCAAGGUGGUGGGAAGAACAACUUCAUGUUGAGGAUAGUUGUUGCAUCUGUGGUUGCUGGGAUUCUGUUGUUGAUCAUGUUGGUUCUAUUGGUUGCUGCUGGAGUGAGAGGAACUAAACAAAGAUCAAAGAUACUGGAAUUGGAACGUGUAGCUGAGAGCAAUGAAACCUUGGAUAUUACAUACAUUGGUGAUACCAAAGUACCAUUGGCAUCUGGGACUCGUACUAGACCAAUCAUAGAACAUGAUUACAUUCCUUAG